GAUGCCCAGAAUUCAAGCUUAAAAUGAUAUAUGAGAGUUCGAAUUUGGUUCCCAAUUCCAAACCUCAACAAAUCAAAUUGAAUCCAAACUCAAUCAAUUUUCGAAUCGAGCUCGAAGAUAGAAUGCUUCUGCUCGAAUAAAAGCUCACUCUGCAUUGACUAAGUAGCUAGCGAAAUCGCAUUUUCCACAGUGAAAGAAAGAAGUUUCAGAAACACGGGAAAAUAAUCAGGAUCUCUCACAAUUUUUUUUAUCCAUCCUUUUCCCGCGUUCGCGGCAUCGCAGAUCUGAACAGAGUUGACUUGCAGGAGGAUUUGUGUUUGGUUGAGCUUAGUGGACUGAGAUGGGACUCUUUGAUGGACUUCCCAUUCCAAGAGACAAGUCGUACUUAAGGGAAGAGUUGUCUAAGAUAGAUGAAAGUUGGGCAGCUGCACGUUUUGAUUCUCUUCCACAUGUCGUGCAUAUUUUGACCUCAAGAGACCGCGAAGGUGAAUUGCAGGUUUUACGGGAACAGAAUGAGAUAAUUGAGGAUGUUGUGGAUGAAGUAGUGCACACAUAUCAUGGUGGCUUCAACAAAGCAAUUCAAAAUUAUUCCCAGAUCUUGCGGUUAUUUACUGAAUCCGCCCAAGGCAUUGCUGUUCUGAAGGGCGAUUUGUCUGAAGCAAAGAAACUUUUGGGUACCCAUAACAAGCAGUUGCAUCAGUUAUGGUAUCGCUCGGUCACUCUGCGGCAUAUCAUAGCUCUCUUAGAUCAAAUUGAAGGCAUAGCUAAGGUUCCAGCCCAGAUUGAGAAGCUAGUUGCUGAAAAGAAGUUUUAUGCUGCAGUGCAGUUGCAAGUUCAAUCAGCUCUGAUGCUUGAAAGAGAGGGUCUUCAGACGGUUGGUGCUCUACAGGAUGUCAAGUCUGAGUUGACUAAGCUUCGUGGAAAUCUGUUCUACAAAGUUUUGGAUGAUCUGCAUGCACACCUUUAUAAUAAGGGUGAAUACAGUCCAGCCUUAUUAAAUGUUUGUGAAAAGGAUGAUGAAGUGUCAACUAGAACAGUUAUUGCGUUGUCUCUAAACAACUCGCAACCUCUAUCCCGAAGAACUAGGUUAUUAAAAGGCGACAAUCAGUUCAGCUUGUUUGGAGUUGAUGGAUCUAAGGGACCUAGUUCUGCUGAUGGGGGCUCAUUAUUUGAUGUUCAUGAUGACGGUGGUGUUCUAGAGCAUGAUGAUUCUACAUCAGAAGGUUAUACCAAUAUAAUAAGGGACAAUGGUGAUAUUGGUCUGAAGAAUGCCAAGAUCAUUUCCCGACAAAUUCCCAAGUGGCUUUCUGAUUCUACUCCUGAUGAAUUUAUUGAAGCAAUGAGGAAGAGUAAAGCUCCUUUGCACGUGAAGUAUCUGCAGACAAUGGUUGAGUGCCUUUGUAUGCUUGGAAAAAUUGCAGCAGCCGGUGCUAUGAUAUGCCAAAGGUUGAGGCCCACCAUUCAUGAGAUAAUUACAACCAAGAUAAAAUCUCAUGCAGAGAACAUUAGUAGUUCAAGGCAUAACACUGGUCCAACUGCGCAUACUGGUGUUACAGAUCAAUACUCUCUGGAAGGAAAGUUUGAAGAUUAUCUGCCCCCAAAACAGAAUAGCCAAAAUGGGAAAUUGCUUUCAGGAGUGGUUCACACAGUCAGUCCUGUUUCAUCAUUAAUGGCUCCUGCCGGAGCAGCACAGGUUGCUGUGAAGGAGCUUCUUGAUUCAAUUUUGGAUGUUGUUGGUCAUAUAUUUGAGAAUCAUGUUGUUGUUGGGGAGCUUUUUGAGUCAAAAUCCUCUCCACAGUUUGACUCAAACACCCCAAAAUCUAUGCCAACAAAUAUUAACUGGAAUCCAGACACAGACAUAUCUAAUUAUACUGGAGGCUAUAGUCUUGGUUUUUCCUUGACUGUGUUACAGAGUGAAUGCCAACAACUGAUCUGUGAGAUUCUACGAGCGACACCAGAAGCUGCUUCUGCAGAUGCUGCUGUCCAAACAGCUAGACUUGCAAGCAAGCCACCUUCGAGGGAUAAGAGAGAUGUACCAGAAGAUGGUCUUAUUUUUGCUUUUCGCUUCACAGAUGCUACUGUGUCCAUUCCAAACCAGGGAGUUGACCUCGUCCGGCAAGGAUGGAACAGGAGGGUAGCAAAUGUACACAAUGAAGGUUAUGGUACUACAGCUAUUUUACCUGAGCUGGGAAUAUAUUUAGCAGCAUCCGUAUAUCGACCUGUUCUUCAGUUUACAGAUAAAAUUGCUUCAAUGCUGCCUCAAAAGUACUCUCAACUUGGGAAUGAUGGGUUGCUGGCAUUCGUAGAGAACUUUGUGAAGGAUCACUUUUUACCAGCAAUGUUUGUAGAUUACAGGAAAGCUGUACAGCAGGCCAUAGCAAGUCCAGCUGCAUUUCGACCACGAGCUCAUGUACCUGCUUACACUACUUCAAUUGAGAAAGGACGGCCUGUCUUACAAGGACUUUUGGCAAUAGACUUUUUAGCGAAAGAGGUGCUCGGCUGGGCUCAAGCAAUGCCUAAAUUUGCAGCUGAUCUUGUGAACUAUGUGCAGACCUUUCUCGAAAGAACAUAUGAAAGAUGCCGAACUUCGUACAUGGAGGCAGUUCUUGAAAAGCAAAGUUAUAUGCUCAUUGGAAGACAUGACAUUGAACAACUAAUGCGACUUGAUCCAGCCAGUGUGUGUUUACCAAGUUCUCUUGGUUAUUCAAACUUAGAAAGUAAUGCUUCUGGUGCUGGGGAUACAGAGAUUGAGGUUGAAAUAAGUGAUAUAUUACUGAAGUUGAGGCCGAUCAAGCAGGAGAACUUGAUCCGUGAUGAUAACAAGCUUGUUCUGCUGGCAUCCUUGAGUGAUUCAUUGGAAUUUGUUGCAGAUUCAAUAGGAAGGCUUUCAGAAACAAGUGGUCAAGCUACCAAUCAAGGAAAGGAGGAUGGGAAUAAGAAGACUCACAAGCAUUCUAGGACAACAAGUUCCCCCCCUAAGGAUUUGGCAGCAUUUGCUGAAGAAUAUAAAAAGUUAUCAGUAGAUUGCCUCAAGGUUCUGCGUAUAGAAAUGCAGCUGGAGACUAUUUUCCACAUGCAAGAAAUGACAAGUAAAGAUUAUCUAGAUGACCAAGAUGCAGAAGAACCUGAUGAUUAUGUCAUUUCAUUAACAUCCUUGAUAACACGUCGUGAUGAGCAAAUGUCACCUUUCAUCAACGGAUUGAAGAGGAAGUAUGUUUUUGGUGGAAUUUGCAGUGUUGCGGCAGAUGCUUCCAUAAAGGCUUUGACUGAUAUAAAAUCUAUCAAUCUAUUUGGAGUUCAUCAGAUACGGCGCAACUCAAUAGCACUCGAACAGGCGCUUGCUGCAAUCCCCUCAAUAGACAGCGAAGCUGUGCAGUUGAAAUUAGAUCGCGUCAGAACAUAUUAUGAAUUGCUAAACAUGCCAUUUGAGGCUCUGCUUGCAUUCAUAAAUGAGCAUGCUGACCUGUUUACAACUACAGAGUAUUCAAGUCUUCUAAAGGUAGAGGUUCCAGGAAGAGAAAUUCCAGGUGAUGCAGAGGCUCACCUGAAUGAGAUAUUACGCGUCUAGAAUUCCCAAACCGACGAGAAAAUUCGUCUGUCAGUUACAGCAAGUAAAAUACUGCACAGUAAGUAAUAGAGUAAGAGUGAAAUUCCAUGUAGCAUCAAAUUUUCACGUUUCCCCUAUAUUCUUUUGUGUUUUAGUUUUUAAAAUAGUAUAGUUUGUGUGUAAAUUUCCUUCGUGAAGUAUUUACUACAUUGGCAAAAACAGUGUUGGUUCAGGAGCUUGUAAAAAUCAUCUUUGUAUAUUUUUAUUUUCGGUAGAAAGUGUGGGUAAAAAGUGUUUUCGUAUACACCAUGGUUUUGUUGAUUCUAUUAAGAGUAAAUUCCAUAAUUGGUC